UGUAAUCAUCAGAAUCAACUUCCAUUACAAGUAAAUUGUAAGUACCCGGGAGAACGAGAAUGGCUGAUUUGGUACAGCAUCGAAUAGAGAACAGGAUUCCGGAGCUUGAACAACUAGAGAGAGUGGGACUGUUCACCAAAAAAGAAGUGAAGUCUUUGCUUAAAAGAUCCACUGCUUUGGAGUACAAGUUGUAUAGGGCAGUUUCAAGCAAAGAUGAUUUCAUUUCCUAUGUUCAAUAUGAGAUUAACGUCUUGGAGCUCAUCAAGAAGAGACGAACGCACAUUGGGUACCAAUUCAAAAGGGAAGAGAUAGAGUAUCCCAUCAUUCAGAGAGUGAAUAAUGUUUUCAGAAGAGCCACGUCAAAGUGGAAGGAGGAUGUGCAGCUAUGGCUCUCUCAAGUUGCAUUUUGUAAGAAAUGGGCCACUAAGGGCCAACUUAGUAAGGUCUUCUCCUCCAUGCUUGCCAUUCAUCCAGACAAACCAGCUUUGUGGAUCAUGGCCGCCAAAUACGAGAUGGAAGACAGGGACUCGUCAGAAAGUGCCAGGCAUCUCUUCCUGCGUGCUCUCCGUUUUCAUCCAGAGAAUCCAAAAAUCUAUCAGGAGUAUUUUCGAAUGGAGCUGAUGCAUGCAGAGAAGCUGAGAAAACAGCAGCAGGAACUCGAACAAGCCCAGAUAGAUGUGGGUGAGUAUGAGUUCUCACCAGAAAUUCUAAGUGGCAAGCUGGCUGAGGUUGUCUACAGAGAUGCUUCACAGAAAAUCAAAGGAGCAGAAUUUAUCCUGAGCCUCCUGCAGAUAGCUGCAGUUUUUGACUUCACCAAAGACCUCCAAGAAACUAUCCUCCAAGACCUGCAGAAUCACCAUACUGAUGACUCCUUGACGUGGGACUUCAUGGCCAAGCGGGAGCUGGAGACAGCCGUAGCCCCGGAGCUCCAGACUCCUAAGGGCAGGGCCACAGACAUAAACAGGAAGGAGGAGCGUGCUUGUAUAGUGUAUGAAGAGGGUCUAAAAAGCCUUAAUACAGAGGCCAUGUGGACAUGCUACGUGACUUUCUGCCUGGACAGAUACAAGAGGAAAACGAAUGUCACAGAAUUAAAAGAAAAGAGAAGAGAGAGAUUUCUGAAUGUGCUUCAGAGGGCUCACGACUCUGCUCUGCUCCAAGAAAACUUCUACAAGAACUGGCUGCAGGUUCUUCAGUCCUCGGGAGACAAUGAACAUGCUGUACAAGUUGCCAUAGCAGCCACCCAGCGCUUUAAUCAAUCGGUGGAGACGUGGAGCUUGAGCCUGCAGACAUUGGUCAAGCUCGGAAGUGAGGAGGCGGGCCGUCUAUUCCAGGAAGCCCUGAAACAUGUGAAUCCCAAGGAGAGUUUGCCCCUGUGGCUGCUGAAGGUUGAAUGGAGUAUGUCCUCACAGACUCCAGAAGAGACAGAGGCCUUAUUUAAGAAAGGUCUGUUGUCCCCGGUGCCUGCAGUGUCUACAGCCAUGAAAGAGAAGUACCUGGAUUGGUCCUAUAUGACCGGUGGCUACAAAGUGGCUAGGAAGACAUUCACAAGUUUAAACGAACACAGACCCUUCACCAAGGCGUUCUUCACACGGAUGAUACAGAUUGAGAAAGACCAGGAGACUCCAAAAAUGAACAACCUCAGAGACUACUAUGAGAGGGCACUGCGAGAGUUUGGCUCCACUGAUGAUGAUCUAUGGAUGGAAUACAUUAAAGAGGAGCAGGGUCCUUAUGGAAGCCCUGAGAACUGUGGGAGGCUGCACUGGCGGGCCAUUAAGACGCUGGAAGGCCAGGCUGUUGAGAACUUCACCACAAAGUAUACGUUAUUUCAGACGGGACACAUACAGUGAAUGUCUGAGCUCCUUCCCCUAACCUUAAUGCCGUUCCUGUUCUGAAGCAAGACUUUGAAACUCAACAUGUUGGAAUUCCACAUUCAACUUUCUUCUGUGACCGUCACAGAACCAGUUG